AUGCCAUCACUAUUUAAUCGAACCCCAGUCGAACUUCGACAAAAAACGGAAAUCGAUCUGCUCAGGAGGAAAGUCACUGCGUUAGAGAAGGAAGUCUCGGCAGAGAAGAAGAAUGUAGCUAGUUAUGUGAAGUCCGAAAAGGAUACUCUUGCAGCCUGGCGGAAAUACGUGGAGAAUCUAUUCAGGGGUCUGAGAGAGGAUUAUGCGAAUCUACAAGAGAGUUUAGAACAGAAGGAAGCAAGUUAUAGGAAUAAAAUGGGAUUGGCUAGGCAUGAAAGAGAUGGAGUUGAAAAUAGUGGGAUUGGUAGAGAUGAUAAUCGGGAUUUGAAUGGCUAUGGAGCUCAGAGGAAUGAGUACAGCAGAGAUGAUAAUCGAGGCGAAAGUAGUUCCGGUGUGCGGAGAAAUCGUGGGGGCCAGACAGGAGGUGUCAAAAGUUCUCAGGCAAAGGAGGAGGGAGUUCGUGGAAGUCGGGGAUCAAAGUAUGGUGGCGGAGCAAAUGGCCAAGGAGCUGGGAAUUAUUUGGUGGGACAAGAGGAUCAGGGAAGCCGGGACUAUCAAUCAAGCCAGAAAGCCGAUUGGGAUCAAGAGGAUCAAACAGGAAAGGUUGAGUCUGAGGCUCAAGGAGACCAGGGCUUUGGGAAUGGAGGAGUCAAAGAUGUUUCAUCAAAUAAAGGCUGGGGAGGUGGGGGAGAUGAUGGGGGAGAUGAAGAAAAGAAAGAAGAACAGGCGGCUGGGGCGACGGAAAAUGAGUGGGGGCAAUUUAGUGGAAAUUCAUAG